UCGUCAGAUUCCAAUGCCCGGUGAUCGUAUCUUCAAAUUUUCCAGCGAAAAGGAUAGUUUUCAUCCCUCUCUAUUUUCCCGGCGGCAUCUUGGGGUAGGAGGAGAGGACUGGCCGGAAUCACCCACCAGUACAGAUUCCGGCGACACCACCGACGAAGAGAACGAGGAUUUUUGGGAGACACAGCACCACCUUCUAGAUGUAAUAUUGUCAGGAACGAGUUCAACCGAGUCAACGAUUCUAAAAGCCACAGAAGAGGCUGUAAGAGAUUCCCAAAUGGAAGAAAACGUUUGUGUCUGCAGCUGGAGAUAUGUUCCCCAUGGUUGCCAGAGCUGCUUCCGCAGAGACAUCUCUAAACGUCUUCGAAUUGCUGGUUUUGAUUGUGCCACUUGUCUAUCCAUGUGGUGUAGCUCAUCAGAGAUUCCAUCUGGAGUGCAUAGCUACCUUGAUGUUGUGGAAAAGUCAGAGAAGGAAAAAGAGGUGAGGGUGGUGAUUGAAUUGAAUUUCAGAGCUGAGUUUGAGAUGGCGAGAGCUAGUAAUGAAUACAAGAGGCUAAUGAAUCGGAUUCCUGAGAUUUUUGUGGGGAAAGAGGAGAGGCUACGUAGUCUGGUGGAGAUACUGUGUUUGGCAACUAAGAAAAGUAUGGAGGAAAAUAGGAUGCAUAUGGGUCCAUGGAGAAAACACAAGUACAUGCAAGCCAAGUGGUUUGGUACUUGUGAGCAAGAUGACAGCAUGGGCGGCGACACCACUACCGCCGCCGGGAGGGGCGGUCAAGCCUCCUAUGGCCUCCGUGCUAACAUUUGGCUUGCUUGAGAAGCUAUCCAUGCCUUGCAACCUGAGGCCAUAGACUUGGUCUCUCAUGUGACCCGGAUCAAAGUUUUCUCGUUUUUUUAUAUCAUUUGGGAGAGAGCUCUUAGGUAAGUGGCAUUGAAGGAAGGGACCAAC